AAGCAUUUUUUAACUGCACUACAUCAAAAAAAUUCUUAGUAAAAUAAUUAAAAGUCAUAAAAAUUCUUGUUCACAUAAAUAUAUUUGUCCCACGUACCACCCUUUCUCUCUUUAAAACCAAGAAUGCCAUUAACUUCCUCCAUUAAACAAAGAACAAAAGAAUCGCAAAUAUGUCAAACCCAUUUCUUUCAUCUCUAUAUUUUCUACUUGUCCACCACAUCAAACCCGAAACUUGAAUACAUAAAGACAAAAGUAAAAAAAAAAGGAUCAUCAAAUUCAAAGAAGAGUCAUAUAUAUAUAUCAACCGAUCUUUUAGCUAUGGGGGCAGCUUCAUCGAGCCUCGCCGGAUCUGAGGCUUAUGCUGGAAAGUUAUGCGGUCUCGAAGACGUACCUGAGAACUGUAUAACGGCAAUGUUCAUGUGCAUGGAACCACCGGAGAUAUGCAUACUUGCAAGGGUGAAUAAGUCAUUUCAUAGGGCGUCGAGAUCCGACACGGUGUGGGAACACAAGCUUCCCCUUAACUACAAGUUUUUGGUCCGAAGAAUCCUUGAAGAUCAACAAGUAGGAGAAAAAGACAAAGUUAUUAGCCGCACGAAAGAGAUCUAUGCAAGGCUUUGCCGACCAAACUUCUUCGACGCCGGCACAAAGGAAGCAUGGUUGGACAAGAGAAGUGGGAAAGUGUGUUUGGCUAUAUCACCAAAGGCAAUGAAGAUAACCGGCUUUGAUGAUCGCCGAUAUUGGGAACGUAUUUCUUCCGACGAGUCGAGAUUUGGAUCAAUAGCUUAUCUCCGGCAAGUAUGGUGGUUAGAAGCGGUGGGAAAUAUCAGAUUUGAAUUUGCACCAGGAAAAUACAGUGUACUUUUCAAGAUACAUUUAGGCAAACCUUUGAGAAAGUGUGGGAGAAAAACAAGUAACCUCGACCAAGUUCAUGGUUGGGAUAUCAAACCGGUCAGGUUUCAACUGUCUACAUCAGACGGCCAAGGUGCGAUGUCUGAACGACAUUUGGAUGAACCAGGGAGGUGGUUUUAUCAUCACGUGGGUGAUUUUGUCGUAGAGAAUCAAAACUCGCCCGUUUGGGUCAAGUUCUCUAUGCUCCAGAUAGAUUGUACACAUACCAAAGGUGGUUUAUGUUUAGAUUGUGUGAUUAUAUGUCCAUUUGAGUUUAGAGGGAAAUACACAUAUUUCGAUUAGUUUUUUGUUUGAAAGGUUUUGUUUUGGUAUAUUAGUAUGUAGGAUAUUUAUUACUUGUAAAUAUACAAAGUCUGUUUAUAUUGUUAAUUAAUAUAAUCAGGUGCAAAUUUAUAUUA